AUGUCGACGGACAAGGGAUCAUCCUCCGCCAUCGGCGCGAUCACCUCGACCGCUGGAGCGCUCAUCAAGCCUGGAGAGUCCGAGCUCCACAGGUGGAAGCGCACCUUUGACAAAAACGCUGGCGUCGACAUUGACGGUGAAAAGUUCCUGAAUGUCGACCAGUUUAUCAACGCAAUUGCACCCACCGACGAGGGCUUCAACCGCAUUAAGCGCCAGCAGUACAGCGUCCUUUUCCAGGUCGCCGACAUCAAGAAGCGCGGGCUCGUGUCCUUCAACGACUUUGUGCUCUUUGAGACGCUGCUGAAACGUCCCGAUGCCGACUACCAGCUCGCAUUCUCGGUUUUCGACGUGGACGCGUCGGGAACCAUCGACUACGAGGAGUUCAAGCAUGUGAUGGGCAACAACAUCAAGGACAGCGGUAUCCCGUUCAACUUUGAGUGCGACUGGAGCAAGCUCUACCUUGGCAAGCGCGGAAAGACACACACGCUCGACUACUCGCAGUUCACCCAGCUCAUCAAGGGCUUCCAGGGCGAGCGUCUCCGCCAGGCCUUCCACUUCUUCGACAAGGACGGUGACGGGUAUAUCAGCCCCGAUGAGUUCCAGCACAUCAUCACCGAGGUCGCUGGGCAUAAGCUGUCCGAGUCUGUCCUUACACGACUGCCCACGCUGUGCACGAUGAACCCCGGCCGGAAGAUCAGCUACUCGGAGGUGAUUGCGUUCAGCAACAUCAUCCGCGACAUGGACGUGGUGGAGCGCCUCCUCCUCCGCGCGGUGCGCAAGUCCAAGGACGGCCGCAUCAGCGUAUCCGAUUUCCUCGAUCAAUGCGCUGCCAACCUCCGCUACGGCGGCUUCACUCCCAUGGAGGCCAACAUCAUCUGGCACUUUGCGUCGCGUGGCAGUGGUUUGCUGGCUGGCAGUCAGCGUCUGACCAUGGCCGACUUUGAGCAGCUCCUCGACGCAAAGUGGAACCCACCAACAGACGUUGUCACCGAACUCAAGGGCUCGCGCGGCUUCGUUCACGAGGUUGGCGAGAACGCGUGGAACUUUGUGAUGGGCGGUAUUGCUGGCGGUAUCGGCGCCUUCACUGUCUACCCCAUUGACCUCGUCAAGACUCGUCUGCAGAACCAGCGCUCGAACGUUGUUGGCGAGGUCAUGUACCGCAACGCUUUCGACUGUGUCAAGAAGGUGUACCACAACGAGGGCGGCAUCCGCGCGUUCUAUCGUGGUGUGCUCCCUCAGCUCGUUGGCGUGGCACCCGAGAAGGCCAUCAAGAUUACCGUCAACGAGCUCGUGAGGAAAAAGCUCACGGACCCUGAGACUGGUCGCAUCCCUCUGUGGGCCGAGCUCGUUGCCGGUGGUGCCGCUGGUGGUUGUCAGGUUGCUGUCACCAACCCUCUUGAGAUUGUCAAGAUUCGUCUCCAGAUGGCUGGCGAGAUGGCGCGGAUGGAGGGCGCAGCGGCGCCACGUGGAGCCCUCCACGUUGUCAAGCAGCUCGGUAUCGUUGGUCUGUACAAGGGUGCCUCAGCUUGUCUGUGGCGUGACAUUCCCUUUUCCAUGAUCUACUUCACUGCGUACGCCCACAUGAAGAAGGAUUGGUUCGGAGAGGGCAAGCGCGGCAAGGUGCUCUCGUUCGGCGAGCUCCUCAUUGCGGCGGGUAUCUCGGGCAUGCCCGCGGCGUACUUGACCACACCCGCCGAUGUCGUCAAGACGCGCCUGCAGUCCCAAUCGCGUGCUGGACAGACGGUGUACAAGGGUUUCAUCGACGGCUUUUUCACCAUUGCUCGCGAGGAAGGGCCACGCGCUCUCUUCAAGGGUGGUAUUGCGCGUGUUAUCCGCUCGUCGCCUCAGUUCGGUGUCACUCUUGCGGUCUACGAGGUUCUGUCCAAGAGGUUCCCCUACCCUGGAGGCGAGAAGGCGGUCGAGGCUGUGCGGCCCACGCACGAGUCUCACACGGACAUUUCGCGUAUCCGCGCGCGCAACGGCCUGCGUAUUCUUCUCGACUGCUCGAGCCGCUUCGGCAUCCACAACGCAGACGUUGCGGCCAAGGCGUUCGGGGCGUACCCGAGGUCGUUCAGCGGCUAA